AUGGAUCAUUCACGUGGAAAUUUUCACUCUACUAAUGAAGAUCCUACCCCAAGAUCAAACGAGAAGAAAAAUGUUACAAGUGGAGAGAGUUCACAAUCUUCAUCAGCAGAGGUAGUAUCUGCAGGCCAUCCUAAUAGCACAAAUUCUUCAGAAGCAGCUGCUAAUAAGAAGGCAUAA